GUUUUGAAUAGUGAGCCAUACCUUUCCCGUAUUCCUAGGAUUCUGUCCUUUCGAAUACCAGCUAACCAUUCUUUCUCCUAGAUGAUGAAAGCCUAGUGUGUUCUAUAUGACCCAUUCCUCCUCCUGGAGCUUUGCGGCUCUCCUUUCGGGGCUCAAGGGCUGUUUGGUUCCGGAUGGAGGGAGGCUGAUAUAUGCGUUCGGCACAUUUACCUUGUUACUUUACGGACGUGAUGAAGGCAUCUCUGAAACCAUUUUAUUACUUGGUGGUGUUUGCCCUGACGGGCCUUGGUUGAGGUCAAUGACCCUGGAUUGGUACUUGGCUGCUCGGCAGUUGGGUAUGUGGUGAAAGGGCUCUGAUCUUGGCUUAAGAUAUGAAUUAUGAAAAUGAAUAUGAAGAUUUUUUUUUUCUUUUUG